AUGGCCACAAAUGACGAUGCCAAUUCCUCCCUGACCCCUGAUCCAGGAACACUGUCAACCGGCAACCUAGUCUCCUCGCGGAUUCAAUCACCCACGCCUGCCGAACAGAACAGCGGGAAGCGCCGUAACGGACAAAAAACUGGUGAUCAGAAGCAGAAAAGAAUAAGGAAGGUUGAGGGCUGUGGAUGCCGACAACCACAGCCUUAUAAUGGAAGCCAAAGCACCCUUGAACUGCUUACUCUUAUCACUCGCGAGCCCCUGGCUGAGGAUGUUAUUACUGUUAAUAACCUUGGCUUACUCGAAAAAGCCCUUGGGGAACAGUUCUCAAAACUAGUUUUCUAUUCUUUAGGACCUAGCCGAGUAUCAUGGGACAUAUUUUGCGAGUUCCUACAGAAGAAUUCUCAAAAAAUGGUUGAUGUUUAUGACUAUUCAAUUACCAAGGAAUCCAAACGAACUGAGAGACGUGCUGUGCUAUACAAACAGUUAUUGAACACUGGAUACAGCCGCGGGAUUCUCGAACAGCUUUAA